UUACACAUGAUCCCAGUCUCUUCCACACAGUGAGGCAUACAGAUUAUUAAUUAAGCACUGGUAUCGGAUUAGUACUCUGCAUCGGCGGAUAACAAAAGCAGAGGGGUCGUUAUCAGGACUUGAAAAACAGAUCCAUGCAUUCUUAAUGAAACGUUCCUUUGGUACAUUCUGCUGCAGCACUGCUCUUGCACCGGAGGAUAAAUAAAUGUGAAAACAUUUAUGCCUUGUGUAAAAUGGAGGGAGAGGAUGGUUUCAUGCAUUUAUUUAUUUAUUUUGUCAUUCAUUCACUCAUUUGCAGCUACAAUGAUUAUAUAAAGCCACUAUGCGGAAGCAAAAUGCACUUAAAUAGAAAGGGACGAUUGGUUAUGAAAUGGCUUGGAGAGAAAAACAAUCUCUCAAAGUUGUAACAGCAUUCUUUUUUUGCAUUCUUUUUUUUAUAUUCUGAAUUCAAAUAUUCCUCAGUGGGCAGACUUAAUUUCUAAGGGCCACUGGAGAUCCAGUCUGUUAUUAAGAAUGAAUCAGCCGAGUAAACUAAUAACUAAUGUCCUCAAUCCAGACUUCACGGUUGGCAUACCAGCUAAUCCUUCAAAUGGUGCAGCACGGCUGCCUGAGGUGCUUAAGUGUUGAGUGAAAAAUCAACCGACUUGGAGUUAUGCAGUCUGUUACUGAGUUGUAAAAAUUGUAAUUGUCUUAUUUAAAAGAAAGUUUUACUGAUCUCCAGUAGAAAAAUCUGUUUUUUUCAGUGCUGAUUUCUAGAAAAAAGCAGAAGCAUUAGAAACUGCACUGGGAACAAGUAGAUUUAUCAGUUUCCUUUUGAAGUCUGAACAGUUUGAGUUGCUCUGAAGAUUGUUUUACUGCAGUGAGGCUGACAUGAUUUUGAGAUUAGGUCCACACUUCUUUAUCUAUUGGCCGCAAUAUGCCUCUGCCUUUGGGCAAAUUUCAAGUCAUUUAGGACGCAGUGACAGUGGUAAUGUGGUGCUUCAAUCCCCCCCCCCCCCCCCCCCCCCCCAUUGAAAUAGCUCAACGCUUUUCAGUGCCUUUUUAAAAGAUGCACAGAAAGAUUUAGGUGAACUGUACAUUCAUGACUUUGGGGAGAAUCUCGUCUUCAAGACUCCUUGUGGCUUUUAUCACUAAAAUGAUUUGGUUUUGAGUCAGGCUGUUAACCAAGGAGAGAUGGAGCGCGUGUGGGCGUGCGUGUGCGCAUGUCUGUGUGUGUGUGUGUUAAAGGACUACCAACAUGAUGUCAGUGCCAGGUCUAGUCUCUCUCUCAAUUUCUUCCCUCUAUCUCUCUGUCCCUCUGUCAGGCUUCCCAAUAGACUUUCACUGUCCUCGGCUGUGGGGAGAUAGGGACAAAUAUAGGACUUGAUUUGGUAUUGGAUGGGGGGGCGAGGCUGAGAUUGUCUGCUGGAUGCCUCAGGUGAGAUAUAUGUAUGUCUGGUACUAUGGAGGGGGAAAAAAACUUUGAUUAGGUGUUAGAUGUCAGGACGAGUGAUAUUUUCGGUUGGUGUUAUACUUGAAUUGCUGGUGGCAAUGUUGGUCUGUCGGUCACUGCUCCAAAUUUCCGAACUGAAAUAUCUAAACAACUAUUUGAUGAAUUGCAGUGAUAUUUUAUACAGACAUGUAUGUUCCCCAUGACGAUGAAUCCUACUGACUUUGGUGAUCCUCUGACUUUUUCUCUAGCGCCACCACUAGGUCCACAUUUUUGGUUUUGAGUCAAAUGUUUCAACAUGCCAUGAUAUUUUGUGCAGGUAUUCAAUAAUAAUCAUCUAGUACAUGUUGUUGUUGCAUUUAGCCCAAAGCACUGGUGUGCCUUCGUACAGCUUCACAAAGCUGUUAGCAUGAUGGUAGGAGAAGGAUCCUUUGAUUCUUUAAAAACAUUGUCUGAUAUUGAAGUUACAUCUUAGAAUAUAACAAGCAUUGCUGAGAUUUUCCACAAAAAUCAUUUGGCAUAUAAAAUACUGUAUCAUUCAAAUUGACUUAAUAUAUGUGUUUAUAUGCCUAAUUAAAUAAGUGGUUAAAUACCAAUUAGCUCCAUAUUUUGUGGCAAUCAUCCUUCUAAAAAACUAUAAAAACAAUACCACAGCAAAGGUCGUCCUUGUUGUCAUCAAAGUCAGUUUUUGUUGACACUUCCUGCUUGUUUGAGACUAUUAAAGAGACACUUUCACAAGUACAGAAACCAAGCAGGAGUGCCAAAACACCCUGAUCAUCUAAUGUAACUCACGAGGCGGAUUUCGUCAGCGACUCCACACUAAAUUUGGCACCACAGGUUGAACAGACUCCACGAGCAUCUGUUUGGUUUUUAGAGGAAUUCUAUAGAUGUAAAACAGUGAGAGAGGGUGUGAGGAAACGGAUGGAGCAUCUGAAUGUAAGAAGCCAAAGGUUUGAGCGGUACUGGUGUCACAUUUCCCCACAACCUUCAUCUCAUCACAGACACCCUGCAUGUAUGACAGAGCAAAGGCACAUAAAUCAUCUGACAGCCGUGGUUGUGAGUCAGAGUUACUCUGAAGCUUCUGCUAGAGAUACUCAUCCGUUAUGACUAAAAGGCUGGAACCAGCAUGUCAAAUGUCCAAAUGUCAGAGGGACAGGAAGAGAACAGGAAGAGGGGGAAGGUGUGUGCGGGGAGCCAGAGAGAAAGGUUGAGAAUAGAGAGUGAAGAGCGAGGUAGAAAUCAAGAGCAGUGACAGUCCAUCUGGGAAUAUUCAAGCACAGAGGGAAUAUUGUAGCAGGUGAUGGGCUGUAAAACUGUACUGUAGCUGAUGGAAUAUUCACCCUCCAUCAAACAUCACCAUGAGGUUAAAUAAGUGUGCUCUACAGAGGAAAUCAUUUUACAGAACUGUAGCAAUACAGACAAACUGAUUCAGUUGUCUGUUUUUCAAUUUAGAAAGCAACCGUAGAGAGGGCUGUUGACUCUUACUCUUGUUUUGUUUCACAAUACAUUUUCCAACUCAGUUACACCCUGAAAAGUAACCUUGAAUAAUAAAUGUAACACAUAAUGUAUGUAAAUCAAUUCAUAGAAGUCCUUUUAAUUUGUUUUACAAAAUCAAUGUAUUUUUAACUGAUUACCUGCUUGAAACAAUCUCUUUCCUCUUACACGUUUCAAUUACAACAAAUUAGUGUCUGAUGGAGUAACAGCCAAGAAGCAAAUUGUUACAAAACUUUUUGAAACCCUCUUUUCUCUUCAGCAGUUUCUCAAUGUCUCAUAAUUCACGAGGCUGCUCGCGUGAAGCCACCAGGAACCCUGCUUUGGCUGCAGAUGUAGGAUUGUUUAGAUGCACUUUGGAUAUAUUUGGCGCAGUCUACGAGUAAUGAGCAGAGCAAAACAGCGGCGCGGUUCAUCUGUAACCUUUCACUGACUCACGUGAUUCUCUUCUCUGUAUCUCUGCAUCUGUAUGUGUGUCUACGUGCGAAGGCUGUGUGUGUGUGACAUGGACAGACUCGGACGAAAUGAAUUCAUUGGAGAGGUGAGAGUGCCUCUAAAGAAACUGAAAGAGGGCGAGAACAAGCGCUACAAUAUGGGCCUGGAGAGAAUUGCACAGAAUAAAGAAGCUAACAAUCAAAUGGUGGAGCAGGGAGCGGUCGUGGCAGAGGAGGAGCGUGGACGCAUCCUGGUGUCACUGUGCUAUAACACGGAGAAGGGCUGCCUGCUGGUUGGGAUCAUACGCUGUGCCCAUCUGGCCGCCAUGGACUCCAAUGGCUACUCUGACCCCUUCGUCAAAAUAACGUUGCAGCCAGAUAUGGGGAAAAAGUCAAAGAACAAGACUACAGUGAAGAAAAAGACUCUCAACCCUGAAUUCAAUGAGGAGUUUUCAUAUGAAGUUACCUUGGACCAGCUGGCAAAGAAAACCCUGGAGAUCUCUGUGUGGGACUACGACUUGGGAAUGAGCAACGACUUCAUAGGUAGGCUGAGAAAAAAACUGAGGAGCGGAACGAAGCUGCAGCAGCAACUGUGCAAGAGUGCUGGAAUGAAAGCGGCGCAAUUGCGAAAAACAUUACAAACCAGGCCGAGCGUAGGCGGAGGGAGGAGUAAAGAAAAGAAAUGCGGGGAGAUGAGGGGUAAUUAUGAGGCUUGAGGAGAACGAUUUGAAAAAGGAGAGUUUGAGUGGAGAAGGAAAUAGAGACGCUUUAGAAAUCAAAAAAGGAUCCCCAUCCUUCAUGGACUUGGCACAUCAGAUCGCUGCUGCUUCUUCGUCAGACUGCUUAACAGCUUUGGCAUGGCCCUAAUGUAUAUCAUGGUAAUGGAGCACAUGGGAGCUUAGGGAGUGAUGGGGAACUAGUGGGGAGGCACAGUGAGA